AUUUAGAUUAAUUGUGUUUUUCUAGUUUGAUUUUUUUCCCCAAUAGGUUUAUGCUAAAACUAUAGAUGGACAACAGACUAUUAUGGCAUGUAUUAAAAGACACCAGUUUCAGCCUAAAAACUUCUGGAAUGGUCGUUGGAGAUCAGAGUGGAAGUUCACUAUUACACCACCUACAGCCCAGGUGGUUGGAGUACUCAGGAUUCAGGUUCACUAUUAUGAAGACAGCAAUGUUCAGUUGGUUAGUCAUAAAGAUGUACAAGAUUUAGUAACUGUUUCAAAUGAAGUUCAAACUGCCAAGGAGUUUAUUCAAAUCAUAGAGCGUGCAGAAAAUGAAUAUCAGACUGCAAUUAGUGAAAACUACCACACAAUGUCAGACACCACAUUCAAGGCCUUGCGCUGGCAGCAUCCAGUUACCCACACCAAAAUUGACUGGAACAAGAUACUCAGCUACAAGAUUGGCAAAGAAAUGCAGAAUGCUUAAAGGCUGACUGUAGGAUUCUUCAGUAUGUAGAAAGAAAAGGAUUCAACAUGUGGUCAUAUGAUAAAUAAGUGUUUUUUAAACAAGAGUGAUAUUUUGCUAGGGCUUUCAAAGUUAACAGAUUUUUUUAGCCUCAUGAAAUACUGUUGAACCUAUAGCAUUGACUUCAUCUUUUUGUGUUCUCUGCCUUGUAUUUUUCUGUUAUCACUAUAUCUACUUGUAAAUCUUUUUUUUUC